AUGGAGUUACAAGAGAUUGUGCGGAUUCUAAAGAAUGAUGAGGAAUUUCAGAAGAAAGGCAUUUAUUGUCCGAAAGGUGUUCUUCUUAAUGGACCUCCUGGCACGGGAAAAACUCUGUUGGCUAAAGCAGCUAUUGCCGGGGAAGCUGGUUUACCAUUCUUUGCGGCAAAUGGAACUGACUUUGUCGAGAUGUUUGUAGGAGUGGCUGCAUCUCGUAAACCUGUGAGACCUGCGGAUGCCGAUGAAUAUGGAGCUUUAAUCUAUGCAGGAAGAUGGGGAAUUCACGGCGUAUAG